AUGGCGGCAUUUCGGCACGGCAGGUUUGUUGAACAGUUGGCAUUCGUCCAAUUUCGCCCUCUAAUCAUGUUGUACUUCCUUGCAUAUCAUGGGAAAGCUAUCAUCGAAAUUGACCCUCAAAAGAACUCGAUUAUUGAUGGCAUUCGGAUCAAUUUUUGCAUGAGUGAUGACGGUGGGAACAGGCGACAGUCAAAAGUUAAAGAAGCGGCACUUCGCGUAUUGCGUUAA